AGGUGAUUUCCUGAAACCAAGACAUGGAAGCGGCAUUCACCUUGUUAUGCCUCACCUUGUUAGCCAUCCUCUUCCUAAAGUUUCUUCCCAAACGGAAGUCUUUAGCUUCCGAGAAGAAGAUCGCGAACCCGCCUCCGUCUCCUCCGGGACUGCCCGUGAUAGGAAACCUCCUCGAUUUCGGAUUACAUCCUCACCGCUCGCUUAAAUCGCUUAGUGAACGGUAUGGACCGGUGAUGCUCCUCCGCUUGGCAAGGGUUCCUAUCGUCGUCGUGUCCUCGGCCGACGUGGUCCAUGACAUCGUGAAAACGCAGGAUCGUGCGUUCUCAAGCCGCCCUAGUUCGAACUUUAUCUCGAAGCUAAUGUGCGGUGGCCAAGACAUGGUCUUCGCGCCCUAUGGCGAAUAUUGGAGACAGAUGAAGAGUGUCUACGUUCUGCAUCUCCUCAGCAACAAAAUGGUUAGCUCCUUCCGAAACGUGAGAGAAGAAGAGAUAAGGUUGACGAUGGAGAAGAUCGAGAGGACAUGUUCAUCUUCUUCGGCGGUGAACCUGAGCGAGACCUUCGUGACUCUUACGAGCGACGUGAUAUGUAGAGUCGCGUUGGGAGGGAAAUACAGCGGCGGGGCAGGCAGGGCGAAUGUUCGCGAGCUAUCGAGAAAGUUGGUAAGCCUUUUCGGCCGGCUUUACAUCGAGGAUUAUUUUCCCGCAUUGGGAUGGAUAGACACACUUCGUGGCGUGGCCGGCGAAAUAACAGGAAUUAUAGAGGAGUUCGACGAAUUCCUAGAAAAAGUGAUUCAGGAGCAUUCGGACAAAAGGGAUAAACAGAUAGUGGACUUCGUCGAUGUGUUGCUCUCCAUUCAAAGAGAGAAUUCAGUCGGGUUCGAGAUUGACGACGUUAGUCUUAAACUCCUUCUCGCGGAUAUCUUCAUCGCGGCAACGGACACAACUGAAGCACUCAUGGAAUGGUCGAUGACGGAGCUCCUGAGGCAUCCAGAGUGUAUGGAAACGCUACGGGACGAGAUUCGUACAAUCUCGAGCGAUAAAUCAUAUGUAACGGAAGAAGAUGUUAGGAAUAUGAAAUAUUUGGAAGCUGUGAUCAAAGAGACUCUAAGGUUACAUCCUUCGGCUCCCUUGUUGGUUCCAAGACAGUGUAUUGAAGAUGUUAAACUGAAGGGAUAUGACAUAGCAGCCGGUACACAGGUAUUGAUAAACUUCUGGGCAAUCGGGCGGGAGACUGCAACAUGGGGACAAGAUGCCGAAGAAUUCAAGCCCGAGAGGCAUUUGGGUUCAUCGGUUGACUUCCGCGGACAAGAUGCCAAGUUCAUACCCUUUGGAGCAGGGAGAAGGUUAUGCCCGGGAGUGGGGUUUGCCUUGGUGAUCGCCCAGUUGGUAUUAGCCAAUGUCGUAAACCGGUUCAAUUGGAGAACUGUGUCCAAACCGGAAGGAGACCAAUACGAUCUGGCCGAAUCAAGAGGGCUUGUAGUUUCCCGCAAGUUCCCUCUUGUUGCUUACGCAUGCCCAGCUUCUUGAGACACGUGAGCUCACCUUGAAACAAAUAUGUUCAGAUGCAACUCGCACGGAACACUGCAGUAAUGAAUAAAAACACGUAAAAGGAUACUCUAUUAAUUUAUCAAAAGCUUGUAAUAAUCCACGUAGAUUUAGUUAGUUGUAUGCCAAUAUGGUCGGUCCAACUUCACGCAUUUUCACUCCAAUUCAAUAUAGUCCAUAUAUAGUUGUGUUUUAGUAUGGAUUGAGUCUAAUGUAUUGUGGGUUGGGUUGGGUUGGAGAACUCAAUUCAAUCUGUUAUACGUGUAGUAUAUACACAAGUUCAUAUAUUUGUAUCACUCCAAAAUUUCCUUUUUUUUUGGAAAAAUAAAAAAAGAAUUCUCAACA